GACCUUUGUGUGGAUGUCUACGAUGAAGCUGACCGUCGUCUGACAAAUUCCUUCCUAGAGAAUUCGGACACUUCGGUUGCUGAUCAAAGACCAAACCACAGCUCAGAUUCAUCAAUCAGUGGUGCGCAUGAUUACCGAAAACCGGUCCCACCUCCUCACAAGCAUAACGCACUGACCGUAGCCAACCGAAGUUUGACUCUUUAUUUUUUGCCACCGAACACAGCCUACACUUCCGUUCGUAACCAAGCCCGUCAGAAAUUGGGUCGAUUGUCGACGGUAGAAUUCCACACCCUAGUACUCGAUAUCUUAACCGAAGUUUCUACGCGCCUCCUUCCUUUGUUCCCUCCAGUAAGAUCUUUAACCAACCACGCUCCCAGACCGGAUGUCAGUUCCCAUCAACACCACCCUUAUCAGGCCUAUCUUGCUCCGGCCAUGUUAACUGAGGACAUUCCCACCUCAGUGCCACCCCGAUCCGUACCCCUCCCUUCACCGCCGCUAGCAGAACCCGGGUUGGAAUGUGAGGUUGAUACGCCAUCUCCUAUCGAACCGAUUACUUGCAUGACGAACCCCUCGAGUGAUCGCGAUCGCAACUCCCAGAUUGAGGCAGAUCGUCCUUUGUGUUCGGUGACUAAACCACAACAAAACGGAAUUCGAACAAGCCGGACACGCAGUGAUGACCCAGUUUAUGAUCAGGUUGCUGCCGAUUCUGACGUGCAAGCAUCUUUAACCCCUACCAGUCCUAACAUUCCGCAUUCACCAAGUCCAUUGUCAUCGAAUGCUGUCACGAAUGGAUACGUUGUGCGGAGUCCCACUGAACAUGGUUCAGACCCUUCGACAUCAGUGGUUCUGUGUGACUCAGCUGAAACGAAUGGCACAGUGCUAGUGACUGACCCGUUGUCGACAUCCUCUUCCGCCCAUCGUACACAAACAGGUGCGGAAAUAACCAGUCAACCCGGUCUGAGUCCAGGAUCGAGACGCCUUCAUCUGAGCCAUACUAGUCGGCAUACACAGCAUCGUGCAAGUGUCCCGUCAGCCCAGACAUCCAUACAAAAAUCCAUUGAUCUGUCGUUGUCUCCUAUUCUGGAGGCAGCCAACUUAGCCACAAAUGUACCAUUAGCACAUCUGUCACCCACAACUAGUCCCAAACCAUCGACUGGUAGCCCGACGUUCGUACCCUCAACUUCGACUGCGACCCCCAGUGCUGAGAGUCCACAAAAGUCUGCCAUUGAACCAUGCUGUGUUGCUGCAAAGAACGAGAUCGACAGACUUCGUCGUGAAAAUGUAGAUCUACGUUCACAAAUGUCCGGACUGGAGAUUGCAAAACAAACCAUUGAAGACAGAAUGAAAUCGUUGGAGGUACAGGUUCAAAAAAUGAGCCAGGUUGUUGAGUCGCUGCGUGAAGAGAAAACCGCACUUCUGGCUGCGUUUUCGGCCGGUAUGGUUAUGACACACAGUCCGCCAAAUUUACACAAAGCGAUCACAACUUCGGCACUGGCGGAUGUUCCCACUUCACAGGUUGUUCCUAUCCAAGAGGCACAAGGAUUUGCUUCGUCAAAUGGCAUCACCAGUACCACAGGAACUGAUGAGACCAAAAAGGCCGUUACAGAAUAUGAGGAGGAAAAUGAUGACUACGGCGAUCGGUCUUUAGAAGCGGGGAAUUACUCAGUUGGUUCGGAAUGCUUGGACUCCGGAGUCCUUCUUCGACAGGGCAUCAUAAUGCGAUCCGGUGGAAGUCGAGGUGGUUCACCAGCCUCAUCUGUCCCUGCAUCUGAGUCCGCUUUGAUUUUGCCAACAAGCUCGUCUCACGAAAUUGGUCAUGUGAUCCGACCCGGUGAGGCUGGUCAGCACGAGACAUCCCCAGUGUGGCAUGCCAGCCAAUCGACCCCGAUAUCCGGUUGUACUACUUAUGUGAACGUCACUUCAGUCCCCCCGAGGCUCUUGCCCAAGCCAGUAGUCGGAGGUGUUCGUGUUCUCCCAACCUCUUUUACUUCACCAACAACGCCGGUCGUCCUGAAAAAUGACGACUAUAUAGCUCCAAAUUCCACCGGCUCAGCGUCCCCCGCGCCACCACUGUCUACCUCAGACCAUUCGAAUCAAUUCACUCCCGUCCAAGUCGGGGUAGGCACAGCCGGACCAAGGUUUCUUCAGCAGCGCAAACAGGAGCUACAGAAACAACAUGCACAGAUCCUAGCUUCUAUUGCUGCAUUGCCAGACUACGAUGCUCCGGUGGACACCUCAACCCCGAGCUCCCCCGUGGCAACCGUCGAAUCUACGAGUCAAUCCUCUAAGUCAGCUAUUAGUAGUCCAUCUGGUGGGCCGCCAGACUACGCUAGUGGUCAGGGUCCGACUUCCGAUCGGGUGGUUCGGUGUGUGGAGACAAUUAUUGUGCGAAUCAGAAACCUUGUUCAGCUGGCCAAUGGUGAACGAACCGGGGAUUUUGCUAGCUGCUCACUGCUCAUACAAUCGGCCGUACAAGACAUUCUCAGCAUAUUCCCUUCGUUGCACCAAUGUCCUCCCCGCGUGGUCAAUGCAUUGUCCGACUUAUCUUCGGUUUCGCGACAGCUCAGACCCCAUUGUGAACUCAUGUCGCGUAAGUUGCAUGCAAGUUCACUCGCCCAACGCCAAGGCAACGCGGUUCCCCAUACUUUGGCGCCCGAAGUUAAUGUCCUCAUUCGCCAUGCACAUCAGAUUGCAAAAGCCGCCAAGGAGUUGCUGUCAAUUUUUCAACGACCUGCUUAA